AUGCUGGGAAGCAGCUGCAUUGUGGCUCUGUUGGGUUUGGGCUGGUUUUGUGAGGUGGGCUCGGCAAUGGCUAAUAACCACACUCUCCAUGGACAGCACCCAAGCCCUGAGCUUGUGGCUCAGCAUGUUCUCAGGCAAGCCGACGCGUCGAUGUUGAGGCGGCGGUCGAUGCUCUCCGACCCUUCCUCCUCCGCUGCUGCCGCCUGCCUCACCGGCAACCCCAUCGACGACUGCUGGCGUUGCGACCCGAACUGGCAGCUCAACCGCCAGCGCCUCGCCGACUGCGCGAUUGGCUUCGGCCAGUAUGCGCUCGGCGGCAAAGGCGGCCGUUAUUACGUCGUGACAGACUCCUCCGACUCCGACCCCGUCAACCCUAAACCCGGCACCCUCCGCUACGCGGUCAUCCAGUCGGAGCCCCUCUGGAUCGUCUUCGCCGCCAACAUGCUCAUCCAACUCAAGGAGGAGCUCAUCCUCAACUCGUACAAGACCAUCGACGGCCGCGGGGCCCACGUCCACAUCACUGGCGGGGGCUGCAUCACCGUACAAUAUAUCAGCAACAUCAUUAUCCACAAUGUGCACAUCCACCAUUGCUACUCAUCCGGGGACACGAACGUCAGGUCGAGCCCCACGCACUUCGGUUAUCGGUCGAAAUCGGACGGCGACGGGAUCUCCGUGUUCGGGUCCCGAGACGUGUGGAUCGACCACUGCACGCUCUCGCACUGCAAGGACGGACUAGUCGACGUCGUGAUGGGGUCCACGGGGAUCACGGUUUCCAACAACUUGUUUUCGCACCACAACGAGGUCAUGCUACUCGGCCAUAGCGACGACUACUUGCCGGAUUCCGGCAUGCAAGUCACCAUCGCUUUCAACCACUUCGGAAAGAAGUUGAUACAGAGGAUGCCGAGGUGUAGGCGAGGAUACAUACACGUCGUCAACAACGAUUUUACGCAGUGGGAAAUGUACGCGAUUGGAGGAAGCGGAAAUCCAACCAUUAAUAGCCAGGGGAAUCGCUACAUUGCGCCAUACGACCGCAAUGCCAAGGAGGUGACGAAGAGGGUUGAAACGUCGGAGGACCAAUGGAGGGAUUGGAAUUGGAGGAGCGAAGGGGACGUGAUGGUUAAUGGAGCCUACUUUGUGGCUUCUGGCCAAGGUGUUGAGGUCAAGUACGAAAAGGCUUACAGCGUCGAGCCCAAAUCCGCCGCGUAUAUUGACCAAAUUACCCUCAAUGCCGGUGUUCUCGGCAGCAGGGGUAAGAAUAUGGGCAAAUGGACAUCUGGAAGUAAUGGGUCGGGUGGGAUUUCGGGUGCGGAUUCGGGCAUAUUCGACGACUACGAAGACGAUUAUGCCGGGAGUUCGAGGAUUUGCUCUCGUGAUUCGAGUUUAUUGACUUUCCUAACAGUAGCCUCGUUGUUGUUUUUGUUGAAGCUGUGA